AUGGGCGCAAAGGUCCCGCGCAACUUUAGACUCCUCGAGGAGCUCGAGAAGGGCGAGAAGGGUCUCGGAGCAGAGGCUUGCUCCUACGGUCUUAAUGAUGCCGAGGACCUUCUCAUGUCCGACUGGAACGGCACCAUUCUGGGGCCCCCUCACAGCGUCCACGAGAACCGAAUCUACUCCCUCAAGAUGCACUGCGGUCCUAACUACCCCGAUGAGCCUCCCACGAUACAGUUUGUUAGCCAGGUCAACCUGCCUUGCGUGAACCCUCGCAAUGGCGUCGUCGACCCCAAGCAGUUGCCUUGCCUUGCCGGCUGGAAGAGAGACAACACUAUGGAGACCAUCCUGAUCGAGCUCAGAAGAUACAUGGCUGCUCCUGCCAACAAGAAGAUCCCUCAGCCUCCCGAAGGCUCCGUAUACCAGUAG